GCUGGGGUCAUUCAUAGUAGCUCACGGCGGGUGCUGAGUGACGGGCUCAGACUGACCGCCGGAGGGGCGUGGUGCUCCCAGGGCAAAGUACCGACCGCGCCCCAGUGAAACGCCGCGCCUAUAUUGUCUCUCAUAACAGCUAGCUGAUGCUCUGCUUGCAUAAGCGGGCGUCAGAGCGCGGUGUCGCAAUAGUUGCAUGACUCGUUACGUCAGGGGUACUCCUCCAUUCGGCUUUGGGCUCGUGUCUGAUGCAACCGCACCGUACCCGAACUGCUUGGAGGUGUGUCAGGAAGGAAUUAUCUAAUGUAUUAGCGAGUUACUACGCUGACCUUCGCAAGGCCGGGGAACACCCUUGCUGUACUGUUGUGGGAUACUCUGUAUGUAUUACGUAACACACCCCACCCAUUCUUAGCGCACCCUCGUGGAUGCAUGGGUGAUAUUCUUUCAUAUCGGUCCGUGUCAAUCAAUGAGACAUCGGCUGGCUGGCGACGGCGCCCGGGCCGGGGCUGGUCGGUCGCGGCGGCGGCGGCGGCGGCAGCGGCGCUAAGUUUAGGCGCAGCGCCGAGUCACAUGUGCGCCGGCCGGGUGGGCGGCACCGCGCCGGCCGAGCGGCCGUCAGAAGUGAGCCGGUCGUGGUGGGGUGCGGAUACAGGAGCGCCGCUGACGCCGAGCCGCCCGCCGCACCGCCCUCGAACCGCCCCCGUCCCCGCCCCCGCCCCCGCCCGAGCUCGGACCGUCCCGUGGUGUGUGCUAUGGUGGCGUGACACUCACCAUGGGCAAGAAGACCAAGAAGCGGCCGCGCUGGAGGAAAUUGUCGCUGGAUGACGGAGAGGAGCGGCGCUCUCCUUCGCCGGGACACAGCGAGGGCGGUGACGGCGUCGCCCCUCAGAGGGAGAAGUACCGGCCCCGCUCGCGCACCGGCUUCGCGCGCUCACAUUCCGUCACCACCUACGUCUUUGACGAGGACGAAUACACCAAGAUCCAGACCCCGCGUCAGGACAUGAUCUUCAAGAAGAGCGCCUUCACCCGUCGCCGGCCAGCCGCCGACGGAAGCCUGUCUGAGGAGGCCGAAACCAUGAGCGUGGGUGCGGGCUCGGAGCCGGCACCGCCUUCCGAAAGAGCCGCCUGUCCCCCGGCGGAACAGACUUCCUCGGGAACUCCAGAGCUGUCUGAAGUCUCCAGCGAGGGCAAGGCCGCCAGCGAAUGCGGCGAGGGGUCGGAGCCACGUGAUCCUUUGGCGGCGCUGGCGUCUCAGAUCCAGUACGCUUUCAUUGAUCCACAAGGCAACGUCUACUUCAAUGUGAUGGACGAGUCGGGUAUCAUCCACCUGCCGCCGGUGGCCGGCUACUACAUGGCUCCCUCCUACCCGGGUGGUCCCGUGGUCGCCACGCCCGUGCCCUGGCAGGCGGUGCCGAUUGCGCCUCUGGACUCGCCAGAGUACCAGGCGCUGAUGAGACGCCAGCAGCAGCAGUUGCAGCAGCAACAGCAACAGCAGGGGCAGCAGCAGCAGUGCUGCCAGGAGACGGGACAGCCGUCUGAGUGCCAGCAGGAUGGUCAGCAGGAGCAGCCGUCGUGUCCGCAGCAUCAGCAGCAGCAGCAGCAACAGCAGGACCUGGCCAGCGGUGACGGCAGCAGUGCGGCCGGCAGCCGACCGCGCUCCGAGCUAUCGGAUGACGCCACCAGCGCCACGGGCUCCCGGCCCAUCAGUCCCUCCGUCCCCGACCGGCACAACAGCUCCGGACCAGAGCACGAUUACGCCGAACAGGAGCAGCAGGCCUCGCCGGGGGACGAGGGCAAGACCCGCCGCCUCAAAAAGAAGAAGAAGAAGCAAAAGAAGAAGACACAUAGCGUCGACAGCGGGGUGACGGACGACGGCUCGGACGGGUGCCGCGAGCCGCCGCCCACCCCCGACUGUGUGGCCAUCUGCUCGGACUCGAGCGCCUCUGGUGACCGGGUGCGCUCCGACCACAAGACCUCUGGCCGGCCGGCCAGCGACCAGACAUCGUCAGGAGUACAGAGCGACGUCUCACUACCCGACUCACCUCAGCGCCGACCCUCCGGUGACCGCAGUCACGUGACCGACCCGGCGGCGUCCGACACUGUGUCACGUGACGGCCAGCUGUUGCACAGCGCCGCCACUGCGCUCAGCCGCCAGCUGGACACGCAGCUGAAGAUGCAGCCGACCGCCGUGGUCACCGAGCAGGCCGCCGAGCAGCCGCCGUCCUCCCAGCCCGAGAGCCAGCCAAAAAACGAGCCUGCGGCCGUCUCUGCGCUCGAGGCGGCCAUCCUGUCCCCGGCGCAGCCGGCUGCUGAGGCGGCGCUCCCCUGUGGGGAUCCUGACGCCGCCCCUGACAGUGGCCGAGACGCGACCGACGCGGUGGUGGACGAUGACGACUCAGAGGGCGGCUCGCCGGAGCGCGAGCCCGUUGAUGAUGACUCUGAGAGCUGUGACUCGUUUGUUUACGAGGACAAAUCGCUCGGCGAACCGGCCGCCUCGCCGCCGCCGGGCGAUUUUUUAGACACCGCUGCCACGCCUGUCGACAGUGACACUCUCUGCGACACUUCGCGCAAGAGCUCGUCCACGUCGCAGGCGUCGGAGGUUAUCGCUGAGUUUGAGGACGAGCCAGUGCCAGUGCGCACAUUUACGGACCUCUCUGUGCCAGUGGACCUGCGGCGCACGGUGAUUCUCGAGGAGACAGAGAGCGAGAGAGAUCGGGAGAGCUCUCCCGGUUCAGUCAGCUCUCAGGAGACAGGUCGGCUCUCCGAGAAGGAAGUGUCCGAGGAACGUCAGCUCAGGGCCUCGGAGGAGAGGUUAGACGAACACUCUGGCAAACUCCGCCAACAGGCGAUAGCUGAGGAGCCGGUGGCGUGCGUGAAAACUGCGGUAGAGGUCUGUGCAGUCCCUGACAUUAGUCCACCUUCAAAGGAAGAGAGCGUGAUAGGCCAAGUGAAUGCUCCUUCUGUACCUCAUGUGUUGACGCAACCUCCCGCACCACCCUCCUCAGAGGCUAGCUUACCGAAAGACACCACUGAGCCAUCCCCUGUUCUUCCUAGCGGCGCAACCGCUGACAAUUCUAAGGAGGUGCCAUCGGCUCUCUCCAGCGCUUCCAAAGUGGCCGAUGUUCAGUCUGCGGUGACGGCAGAGGCUGCGUCUGUGGCAGGUACCUCGCCCGGACCGGCUGUCUCUCUGCAGCCUCACUUGGCGGCACCGGCACCGGACCCGUCCCCUCCUCCGGACGGGUCGCCACCCUCCCCUCCUUCGAGCCUCUCAGACCGGUCCAUCAGCUCUGCCGUCCGCGGCUGGCUCAAGGACCAGUCCCCAGAGGCCGUGUUCGUCGUCGCCGACAACUCAGAUGAUUCUGACGUCGACGACGACGACUGGGAAAGCGACGCCGAGGCGGAAGCCUCCGCUCCCACCACCACAUCCGCGGCGCCGCCAAAAAACGUGCAAGGCAACCCUUCCCCUGCGUCACGCAGUAGCGUCCUCGCGGGGGAGAGGGUUGCCAACCGUACCAAGGCGUCGGCGGCGCGCCUCAACCCUGCCGCCUACUACUCACUGGGCGUGGCGCUGGACGAGUCCCCCUCGCCCCCUGCCGUCCUCCAGCUGGUCGAUCUGGACGAGCGCGCGGUGCUGACCGUUCCCCUGGACGGCUCUGCGCCGGCCGGUGUCCCCUCCGCCGGGGGUGACAGCGACGGCUCGGAGGAGGUGGACCCGGUGGCGCUCGGUGCGCCGGCGCCGGCCGACACUCCGCGAGCCUCGCUGGCACAGGAACUGCUCCAAGUGGGCUCCCUGCACCGCGCCAGUGACCGACAGCUGAUCGGAGACAGCGCACUGUACUCCGCCGCCGCCGCCCCCGCCGCCGCCCCCGCCUCGAAGGCACUCGUGUGCCCCGAGGCCAGAGCGGAGGCGGAGGAGGCGGACGAGGGGUAUGGCGGCAGUCCGCUGGCCUCCCCCCAGGCCCGGCCGAGACCUCGCGGCCUGCCACCCCACCCGCUGCACCACCUGGGUGCCGAGACGCCGGCCCCCUGGGGCGUCUGUUGCUCACUGCAAUAACUGCACAAGGCUCACACUGCAUGUUUAGAUGGCGCCAACCGUGCCGCGCAAUACACACGCAAUACACGGCGCUGAUCGGCGCUUGCCAGUCGCCACACUUGCCUCUGCCGACACCCGCCGUAGCAAGCAUGCAUACUUUAGGCUUGCCCGUAUUGAUACUGACAGACACACUGACUCAAUACACACAGUCAAAUCCAUACCCUGAUCAACAUACACAUACCUACAUACACAUACACACUCACAUACACGCACGUUGCGCGUCAUCCUGACCUGCUGUAUGCUGCGUCACGCCACGGACCUUGUUAUGUUUUCAAGUGCGGUUGUACGCGCUUCACUGAACAUGUGUACCAUUAUAUGUGUUUUCUAGUGUAGACUCGUGUUUUAUAAUCGCUCAUCGCGGCGCUGAACGUUGUGCAUUGUCCAAGCGGCGCUCUUGUGUACCGGUUGUCGGCACUCCCCGUAGCUGGUUCGUCUUCUAAACAAACAUGGCCUCUGUAACUAACCAGUAUGCCCGCCCGUCGUCCGCCCGCCCUGCCCCUCUGCGUACGGUGAUUCGAUUUGGUUUGUGUCCAGUGAUUGGUUUGGUGCCUUUGCUCUGUUGGCCGCCGGUGCAGGCAGAGGUGACUGUCGAAAGUGAGAAGGGUAAAGCGCGCGGCUGCGUGGCCGCGUCUCGAUCCGGACUGGUCUCUGCGCGAGGAGCCUCGAACUGUCCUGUCGGACCUAAUAAUUGGACCGCUCGCGCGGCUCCGCGCUGUGUUUCGCCAGUCAUCCGCUAGUCGGCGCUGUGGUCGCGGCACGCUGCUGCUCUAUCGCCGCCGUCACUGACGGCCUCCAUCGCUCUCUGCCGGUCGGUCCUCUGCUAUCCGCCGACCAGUUCUGAACUCUCUCUCCGCCUCUCGCUGCUCUCUGCUCUCUCCGCCGCUGCUCCGUGCAGCGCUCUCUCCGUCUGUCUGCCUCCAGUCGCCGCGCCGUUACACGUGAUAGCAGGCUGAUGGAGGUGUCAUGGCGGCCGAUCGGCCGUGCCGGUCGCCCCAUAUCAGUCCGAAACGGAGCUUACAUGGUGCCUCGGGACCGCGCGCCGCCAGCCACAAAAACAACUCUAGUUAAGCUGUUAUGGACUGUUGAACUAAAGGAAUCGAGCUGAAGUGGAGCGGCUCCGUGUCGGCUCGCCACCACAGGCGCCAAGUGGGUGGUAUUAGGAGAUGUGUUCUAAGGCCGGGGAGUUGCAGAUGAGAUAUGCGGGCCGCUGGCGCCGCGUGCGCUCGAUCGAGUCACUCGCCCCGGCGGAGUGUCCACACAAAGUUCCGCAGUGCGCGCGCGCGCGCGACUACUGUGGGACGUGUUACCGCUGUGUUGACAGUCCAGUCAUGUGCUGUGUUGAUAUAGAAAGUCAAGUGUCAAACGAACCCCGCGAUAUAGUAGCUGAUCGACCACGGUCCUGUUCGCUCGGCGCAGUAGUUGGCGAAGGAAUUCGUUUCUGUUGUCAGGAAAGCUGCCUCAAGGACACGAUAUAGUUGGAUUCAACGCUGCUGAGUUUCGUUAUAAUAAAGCCGAUUCUCCCCACUACAAUAA